GCUAUUUUCAAAGGCUUUACUACUCAAGUUCCCUCCUAAGGAUCCUCUCUCUCUAUAUAUACUUACAAUCUCUCUGCUUCUAUCUCCGACAAUAUAUACGUACAAUCUCUCUGCUUCUAUCUCCGACACAUCAAGAUCACUACUAUAUAAGCUCUUAAAAUUUUUAAGUUUCACACACCUAGACUCUUCAAAUCAUCACUCUUGCGCACAGUUUUUCUCUUGAUCAUCAAUUCCUGAUAUGGAAGGAACAGCCGCAGUGGCCCUUCAACCUCCAACUUACGGAAACCUGAUUACUGUCCUCAGCAUUGAUGGGGGUGGAAUAAGAGGCAUUAUCCCCGGAACCAUCCUUCACUUCUUGGAGUCUGAACUUCAGAAAUUGGAUGGUGAGGAUGCAAGAAUCGCAGACUAUUUUGACGUAAUCGCAGGAACAAGCACCGGUGGUCUAGUCACUGCCAUGCUUGCUAGCCCAGAUGAGAAGAAUCGUCCAGUGUUUGCUGCCAAGGAUAUCAAGGACUUCUACCUGAAUGAGUGCCCUAAGAUUUUCCAACAAGACAGUUGUCCAUUAUUUGCUGAAACAAAAAAGGUGAUAAAAGCUCUAUCAGGACCAAAAUACGACGGAAAAUAUCUACGCGCUCUUGUCAAGGGAAAACUUGGAAACACGAAAUUGAACCAGACAUUGACGAAUGUUGUGAUUCCAACAUUUGAUAUCAAAAGACUUCAGCCUACUAUUUUUUCCAGCUUUCAGGUUAAGAACAACCCAUCUAUGGAUGCUUUACUCUCAGACAUAUGCAUUUCAACCUCAGCUGCACCAACUUAUCUUCCAGCCCAUUAUUUCGAAACAAAAGAUGAGAAAUCUGGAGAAGUGAGAGCAUUCAACCUUAUUGAUGGCGGUGUUGCUGCAAACAAUCCGACUUUGGUUGCCAUGGGCGAAGUGACGAAGGAAAUUAUCAAUGGAAGCCAAGACUUCUUUCCUAUAAAGCCAAUGGACUAUGGAAGAUUUCUAGUCAUAUCCUUAGGUACUGGAACAGCAAAAGCUGAAGAGAAAUACAGUGCCCCUGAGGCAGCAAAAUGGGGUGUGUUGGGUUGGUUAACAAGCCACGGUUCCACACCUUUAGUCGAUGUUUUUACCCAAGCAAGUGCGGACAUGGUAGAUUUCCAUAUUUCUGUGGUCUUUAAAGCUCUUCACUCGGAAAGUAAUUACCUUCGGAUUCAGGACGACACUUUGAACAAGACAGUUUCUUCUGUGGAUGUCGCCACGAAAAAGAACUUGGAUGAUCUUGUAAAGGUUGGCGAAGGGCUGUUAAAGAAACCAGUUUCCAGGGUGAACUUGGAGACUGGAGUUUUUGAGCCUUCUAAUAAAGAAACCAAUGAAGAAGCUCUUAUAAGGUUUGCCAAACUGCUCUCCGAAGAGAGGCGGCUUCGCCAUUCUAAAUCACCCCAUGUACAAGCUGCGAAUUCGAAAUGAUUAUACCAAAAACAGAUCAUGUGAUCCGUCUUUUUAUUGUUUUGUUAGUGGUAUAAUACACGGGUGGUUGAAAAUCAAGAGGUGGGUCGCAAAACAGCGCCACCUUGAUUAUAUAAUUCUUUAUUAUUCUGAAGUUGUGGUUGAAUAAGUCCUCAGUGGGACAGAGUUGUAAGAUUCCUUUUUUCAGUUAUUUUCUUUAAAUUCUUUGGGCAUGUAAAUCAAUUAAAUAAUUGAUCUAUCUGUGCAAAUAGUCAAUUUUCAUUACCA